AUGGGAGGGCUCCAGGGGGAGCCUGGCCAGUGUGAGCUCGACUCGUUGCCUCCGAGCGAUUCCAUUGCCAUGGCUGGCUGGGGCAACUGCGGCUUUCCUGGCUGGUACGGUGGCGCAUUUGCCGGGCCGUACCAGGCGGAUGUCCGGCGGCUGCAGGGCGAGCUGGAGAGGGUGGAGGGGGAUCUCGCCCAAGCAAGGGUGGUCUUGCGCAAUGUUGAAAGGCGGGACUUUCUCGCCGGUUGCAGGAAGCUGGUUGAGUUCUUCCUGGACGUGUCCAACACGCAGUACUUGGGUUCCGUCGGCAUCGGAACACCACCGAAGAUGGUGGAGGUGAUCUUCGACACCGGAUCCUCGGAUCUUUGGGUGGGCCACAGCGUCUACGAGCCAGCGGAUUCGUCGACUGCGAAAGACACAGGCUCCUCGUCCUCGGUGACCUACGGCGGAACGGUGCACGUGCAGGGGAAGCUUUUCGAGGACACUGUCACCAUCGUCGAUGAGGCGGUCAAAGCUCAGUCGCUUCUUUUGAUGGACACAGAGCUCUCCUUUUUGGUCUCCGAUGGCAUUCUGGGAUUGGCGAUGCCGAAGCUGUCGAACACCGGCGAAACGGUGCUGCAGAACCUGGGAAGGCAGCUGGACAUCACCACCUUCUCGUUUCUGCUCUCUGGGCCCUCCGCGGAGUCUUACUUCGUGCUUGGCAUGCCGGAGGAGUCCUGGUACAAGGCGACGUCUCUGCAAUGGGUGCCCGUGACUUCCGAAUUGUAUUGGGCCUUCGACGGUGAGUUGGCCGUGGGGGAUGCGACGGUGUACAGAGGCCAGUUUUUGCUGGAUUCGGGAACUUCCUACAUUGGCGUUCCGACGUCUCAGUUCGAGGCAUUGCUGCGUGUGUUGCUGAAGGACCAGCCGGCUGCAGUCUGUGAGAUCACCGACACAGCGACUGUUCCAAUCUAUCGUUGUCCAUGCCCGACGGUCCAGGAGCCCGUGGCCGAGAGCCUUGAGGUCAUCGUGGGCACCUCCAUCUUCGAGGUUCCGCCCUCUGUGCUGCUCUCCAAUGUCGAGCACCCAUCGGGCAGAUGCACGUUGGAAGUGCAGCAAGUGUCGGACGAGCUGCCCAUCAUCUUGGGUGACACCUUCCUCCGAACCGUCGUGGCCAUCUUCGACAUGCAGGGCCACAGGAUUGGCCUGGCGGCCCGCAGCGACGAAGCAGCGCAGAAUCUGACGCUGCCGCGCCGGUACGAUCCGCUGCCCAGCGGAGGCUAUGACCUCCGCUACAUUUUGAUCAUGGUUGUCGCGGGCUUGCUCGGCAUCCUUGCGGCAAGUUGCCCCUCUCUGAUUUUGAGGUGUUGUCAGAGAAGGGCUGCCCGUGGCCGGAGUCGGCGAGAUUCCAAGAGCCUCGAGCCUUUGCUCGGCUGA